CAUCACAGGCACAAAUUAUGCUUUUUUCCAACAACAAUUUUUUCCAGUUCUUCCCGAAAAAGAUUCGCUAUUUUUUGUAGUGCCGCCUUGUAGUGUUUCCUGUUGACUUGUUUUUAAACCCAAUACGAUCCGGAAAGUGCUGUCCAUCGAGUCCUUGUUAAAAUACGUCGCUGACCUGCUCGCAUGUGUGUGUUUUGGUGAAUAAAAAGCCAGUGAAAAUGCCCCGUCCUUGGCAUGAAUUUUGGGAGGCUGUUGUGCUACACUAUUUGUUGGGAAAAUAAAGACUUAGCAUAAUAGCAUUGCAGUACGGAAAAGCCGCAGCUGUUCCUUUGUGACAGGUGCAGCGGCACACACACACGCAUACACUUACCUGCAUGUACCUAUUCCGCCCGUCCAAUAACAACAACAACAACAAUGGCCAGCACGGCGACCGCGACGCCAAUGGAAAUAGACGAAUUCAUAAAUGGAGCACUCGUCUCUUGGCUGGAAUCAUGUCUGCCACGUGCCGAGCUGCUGGCUGGAUACACUUCCCUGCUGGAUGGCCACAUAAUCCACAGCGUCUGGCUGCAGAUCGAUCCGGAGCCUCAGAAUAAUCCCAGCGAGCUGAACGAUCUGAAUGGGAAGUCCCUCAGCAUCGCCAGGGCCAAGAACUUCGAGUGCAUCGUGCGGAAUCUCAAGUCGCUCUUCGAGGAGGAGCUCGGCCAGACCAUUCUGGUGCUGCCCGAUGCCUUCACCCUGGGUCAUCAUCCGGAGACCAGAAAUGGCCUAGAUCAGAUGAAAACCCUGCUCACCCUGCUCCUCGGCGCAGCGGUGCAAUGUCCCAACAAGGAGCUGUUUAUUGCCAGGAUCAAGGAAUUGGAUUUAGAGACGCAGCACGCCAUCGUGGCUCUGAUCAAACAGGUCACCGAUAGCCACAGUCUGGUGCUCACCGAGGAUUCCCUGGAGCGACUGACCCCGCAGAGCAUGUACACCCACAUCCUGCGCCUGACCAAGGAGCGGGAUCUCAUGUAUCUCAAGUGGAUCGACUUGGCGUGCGUGGAAACCGAAAUGGCAGUCAGCGAUAAUCUGGUGGAAUGUGGCCAAGGUGUUGGUGUUCCACGUUCCCCUUCGAAUGGCACCGCCACCUCAACUCCCUCAUCGUCUUCCAACUCGGAGAGCAAUCACCUGGCCGUGGAGUGUGCAGAUCUUCGCUCCAAGAACCGCAAACUGCGUCAGGAACUUGAGGAAAAAUCCGAGAAUCUCUUGGAGCUGCGCGAGGAGCUCGAUGACAAGAAGGCGCGCUUUGACAAACUGCGCCAGGAGAGCCAGGAAUGGUUUACGGAGGCCAAGCGGGCCUCAGCAUACCGGGAUGAGGUGGAUAUCCUAAGGGAAAGGGCCGAAAGAGCCGAUCGUCUUGAGAUAGAGGUUCAAAAGUAUCGCGAAAAGCUCGGCGACUCGGACUUUUAUAAAUCCCGCGUGGAAGAGCUGCGAGAGGAUAACCGUGUGCUGCUGGAAUCAAAAGAAAUGUUAGAAGAGCAGCUGCAGCGCUACCGCAAAAGAUCUGAGCACGCCAUCUCCCUGGAGUCCGAAAUCAUCAAGUACAAGCAAAAGCUCAACGACAUGGCCUUAGAAAGGGACGUAGAUCGGUCCAAGCUAGAAGAGCUGCUGGAGGAGAAUGCUCAACUGCAACUGGUGGCCAGGAAUCUCAACUCAACGAUGGAUUUGGACAAAUCCUUCUCGGAAAACGAAGAUGAUUGCAAUUCGGGCGACAACAGCCUGUCCGAACAGCUAACGAAUAAUGCCCAAACCCGUGCACUCAAGCUGGAGCUAGAGAACCGUCGCUUGACUGCCGCUUUGGAGCAGCUAAAAGAGAGCAGCUUCCACGAGUCCACCAGCAAGUUGCUCGAGUUAGAGAAGGAGAAGAAAAAGCUCUCGCUGAAAACCGAGCAGAUGCAAGAAAACAUCCAAAGACUCACGCAGCAAAAUGUCGAACUGGAGGGGGUCUUUAAGAACGCCCUGGAGGAGAACAAAAAGCUGCAGGAUGCCGUGGACAGUCGCCAGAAGAGCUACGAUCGUCAGAGUUUGGAGCGCGAGGCUGAUCGUCAGAAGCUUUCGGAUGCCGAGCAGCAUGUGGAAACCCUAAACAAAGAAAAGCAACGCAUCCAAACUUUAAACGACAGCAUUCAGCGUAGAGCCGACGAUCUGGAACGACUGGCGGAGAGCAAGGCAAAGGAACUGGAGCAAUAUGCGGAAAAAUCCAAGCAAUACGAGCAGACCAAACAGAAGCUCUACGAGAUCGAGGCCAAGGUCUCCACGUUCGAGCGCGAGAAUGCCAGUCUGCUCAAGGAGGUGUCCAAGCUGAAGGAGGGCAGCGAGCAGAAGUCUGUGCAGCUGGACGAGAGCAUCAAUCGACUGGAGGCACAGAGCAAGGAACUCCAGAAGCUGGGCAAGGCGCUCGAAGAUUCCGAGCAAGUGCAUCAGAAGUUUGUGGAACUGGAGAAGCAAAACCAAGAGCUGGCUUCGCAGCGCAUUAUUGACCAAGAGAUGAUAAGCACACUGCGCAACGACCUGGUCACUGGUACCCUAGUAACAAAGAAGGUGCGCCACAACCUGGAGAAACUUGGCCUGGCGGACGAGGAGCCGGGGGAGCUGAAUGUAGAGCAUGUGGUGGAGAAAUUGGUGCGCAAUCCGGAGACUUUCAAAACGGUGCGUGAGAUCAUGCUAAACGUGACCCGCGAGCAGCAGGCGGAGGAGGAGGAGCGCGAGGGCGGCGUCAAGUCGGACAUGUGUGUGCUGUGCCACCGUCAGGAGAUCUUCACGGUGGAGAAGAACAUUGAACUCGCAGCUCUGGAGCCUCUGCCCCCCGCUCCUACGCAACCCUCUUCCCAGGAGCUGCGAUUCGAGCACAAACUGCGAGUCAGUCCGGCACGAGAGUCCGCGGAGCUAAACCGCAUCAAGGAUUCCAACACACAGCUGCAGACGGAGAAUGCUCGGCUCAGCGUGGAUGUGGCUGCUCUGGGUUCGCAGAUAACUUCUCUGAACACCCAGCAUGUGGCUCUUCAGCUGGCCAACUCACAGUUGGCUGCGGAAAAAGACACUCUACUCAAGGACAUCGAUUCACUGCAGCAGGAGCACAAGCAUGCGCUGCAGGAUCAGGUGACUUUGCAGUGCCUGCACGAUCAGCUCUCCGCGGAGUACGAAUCGCUGAACAAGGACAAGGAGCAGCUGAAGGCAGCAGUGCGGGAUUUGCGGCAGGAAUUGCGCGAUACCCGCGAACAGCAGACGGCACUGGAGCAGCGCAUCGAGGAGCUGACCACGCAGAACAACAACAUGAAGACCUGCAGCGAAGAUCUGUCCAUUCUGCGCACCGAGCACUCCAAGCUCACCGACGACUUCCGCAAUCUCUUCGCCACCAGCGAUCGCUUCAAGAACGAGUACAAGAACAUCCAGGAGCAGUACAAGAUGGUGCGCAUGGAGCACUCGAGCCUCAAGCUGCAGAACACUGAACUCUCCGGCGAGCUGAACACCAAGAGCGAUCAAGUGCGUCACCUGCAGGUGGAGUACAGCAAGGUGCAGCAGCGAUGCGAGAUGUUGAUUCAGAACAAUGCCGAUUUGGAUUCGGAGAGGAAAGCCUUAAUGGACAAUGUGUCCCAAUUGCUCUCGCAGUAUCAGGAACUUUUGGCCAUUUCCCUGGAGGACAAGAAGCACUUCCACGAGGAGGAGAAGAACUACACGGAACGGGUGCACAGCCUAAAAAGGCAGAAGGAGAAGCUGGAGGAGAAGAUCAUGGAGCACUACAAGAAGUCUGAGACCACGGUGCAUAAGAAAAAACCCUUUGCCAGCAUGCUGGUUAGAAGAGUGAAGAAGGCCAGCUCGGAUCUGAUGAACAAGGUGCCCAGUCGAAACCGUCGCUCCUGGGUGGAUGAUGCUCGCACCAAUUCCCAGUUCGUCAUCGGUUCCGAAUCGGGCGGCAAUGAGUCGGAUAACAGCAACGAGGAGCCACUGUCCAUUGCCUCCGACACGCACUUGCUGCAGCGGAAUGUACCGCUCCGCCAGAGCCUGCAGCGCGAUUUGCUGGAUAACUCGAUCCAACGCGGCGGCGCCGUGCGCAGUAGCCUGCAGGCUCAGAAACGUACGGAUUUGAAUAACUCACGUAGAAAUAGCGUGCACGGCAGUCUCGAAGCGCCAGACGUGACGGGCAGCAGUCUGACACUCGGCACAGCCGGCUCACGACGCACCGUUUAUCUUAUCGACGAGCACCAGAAGCUGCCCGAUGGCUCCAGUCCCGGCUCCGCCCAGAACCAGCAGUCCGGUGGCAGCAGUGGCUCCGGCAAUGCCGCAACGCCCACGCCCGCCGAACCCCAGACGCCUCAAAAGACUGCCGACAGCAGUGCUCCCACUGGGCCAGCCACGUUUCUCAUGUACAACCGGAUAAACACGACGAUCGGCGGAGCAUCGAACAGCGGCGAUCAGAGCCCACUGCUGCAGGCCAGCGGCAGCGUCUCCGGCGGAACUCCUUUGCCAGAUGACAAGUCCGCGAGGAAGCGGCCCGAGGACAAGAGCAACAGCAUCUGGUAUGAGUACGGCUGCGUCUAGAGAUCCAACAACAAUAAAUCAAACAGUAUACGUCCACACAACUUGAACUCGAAUAUAAUGCAUUUGCUGACGAAGUAUUAUUUCGUUUUAGAAAUUAACGAAUUUAUUUUUAAACGCAUUAGAACAUCGAUGUUGCCUUAAGCUAGUAGUUACAGAUGUAAGAUGUAAAGUGCUGCUUGAAACGCUAUGAUUUGCCUUAAGACAUGUUUUACAAUUAGAUGUAUAGUUUGUACCUAUUUAUGCAAUUUAUAAACUCCAGAAGACUACGCGACAACUGUGCGAACUCAUAUAACUAUCCAGUAUACACCCCUAUAUACACGAAAACUUUAAAGAAAUAUGUUAACAAUUAGCUAUACCGAUGCCUCAAUGUUACGUCCUAAGCGAAAGGCUUUUAAUAUUCGUUGAUAUAUAUAUUUAUAUCCAUCUGUUCAUUUGGUGUCUUGUAAACUCGACUCGAAUCUAUGUAUUCCUAACUAUGUUGUAAACCAAACUCGUACUCUGCUAGCAGCUAACAAACGCGCCUUCAAUUUGUGAAUAUAUUUUUAUAUAAAUUACUUGUAGCCUUGUACUAUUUAUUGACGCAAAGCCUAACACCGCAAUAAAACUAAGCAAACAAACAUA